AAGAAGACCGCAGCAAUGGCAAGAACCAAGCAGACCGCUCGUAAAUCAACCGGUGGUAAAGCCCCGAGGAAGCAGCUCGCUACUAAAGCCGCCCGUAAGAGCGCUCCGGCCACCGGCGGCGUCAAGAAGCCUCACCGCUACCGGCCCGGGACCGUGGCUCUGCGGGAGAUCCGCCGCUAUCAGAAGUCCACCGAGCUGCUGAUCCGCAAACUGCCCUUCCAGCGGCUGGUGAGAGAAAUCGCUCAGGACUUCAAGACGGACCUGCGCUUCCAGAGCUCCGCUGUCAUGGCCCUGCAGGAGUCCAGCGAGGCUUACUUGGUCGGUCUGUUCGAGGACACCAACCUGUGCGCCAUCCACGCCAAGAGGGUCACCAUCAUGCCCAAAGAUAUUCAGCUGGCCCGCCGCAUCCGCGGAGAGCGCGCUUAAACCGGCGUCUGAUUCAACCCACAACGGCUCUUUUAAGAGCCACCAAAGUUCACACUGAAUGAGAGAAUUCCCUAUGCAGUGCUGACGAUAAAUCAUAUUAAAAAUUGGUAUAUGGUUACAGUAACUUCCAGGUCUGAAUAACCAACAGCAGAGUGGCGCUUUUUUGCUUUUCAAGAAAAGUUGCGGCACUGCAUUGAACACAGUAACUUAAUCUCAUGUGAAAAGAAGGACAACAUACAGAGAAGUACUGACAAUAUUGAAAUCUGUCUGUUCUGGUUAUGUUGUGACAUCUAAAUCGUCAUUACAGGAUCAAACGGAAGUGUCAGAGGUCAAUCUAUGUAGGUUAUAAAGUGUUUUAAAUUUCCUCUAUCAUAAACUAGUGUAUACUGUGAUCAUGUGGGAGUGGAGAUGAGUGUACUGUUUGCGGAGAAUAAUGUCAAAUAACGCUAUAUUGGUGAAUACUUGUGGUCUCGUUUUGUGUUUGAGAAGUGUAUAUUUCUUAGUCUUUAUCUUUCAAGUCGAAGUAAGGACGUAGCUCAGACUUUCGUGAAGGCUAUAACGAGAUAUAUCCAGCUGUAGACCCGCAGCACCACCAGUUUCAGAACCCCAGUGCCAGAACCGGAAGUGAGGGAGGGGCGGAAUUAUUAUUAUUGCAUUAUAAUUAUUUUAGCAAGAAUGUAAGGACAAAAUGGGCCUGAGAGUGAGUUCCUCAUUUGAUACAUUGUAAGUUAAAUUUAUACAAGAUUGUUGUGAUAAAGAAGGCCUACGGGGUUGUUUCGUUUAAAACAAUGGCGGAUUUUCUCUCUCUUUUUUAGAUUUUGACAUUAUUAUUUUACACGAAA